GAAUACUGGCGGCUGUUUCAUCAGCGCUGAGCUGCAGUCAUUGCUGUCAUUACAGGAUUGCUCAAUGGUUGUGUCACUAGGAGGCUGGACUGGUCGGGCGGAGUGUUUGAGCUCAACAUCACCGGAGCUCACUCACUCUCUGCCUCUCUCAGAGUGCGAGGCGGUCUCUCUCUCUCUCCCUCUUUCUCUCUUCCCAUCUCUCUCUCCCCCCUCUCUCUCCUUCUCUCAGUCUUGACUCUGAGGGAUAGGGAAUUUUUCUCACCAGAAUUAUACACGGACCUCAGAGCCACGGGCAUUCGCUCUCUUUAAAAAAAAAAAAAAAAAAAAGGGGGGACGUGGGUCGGAUUUUUUCCUGAAACCGCUAAAGUUUCAUUGACGGCUCAACGAGGAGAAAUGGAGCGCAACGUGUGCAGUUUAUUCUAAAAAACAGCCUCGGGUUUUUUCCUUUUUUUCCCCUUGCUUUUUUGCUUUGAUGGUGAAUAUUUCUAUCAGCAUGAACUUGCAGUGGAGCAGCCCGGCACCGUGCGUGCGCACCGGGAGAGUCGCGCACAAGCGGCUGGACUCGGACGAUCAACCACCGGCAAAAUGCGCCAGGCUGAGCGCCGACGCGGGGGACACGCAGGGGCUCCUGGGCACCUCUCCCGGUUCCCCGGUCAGCCCCGUUCCAAGCUCCUGCCCGACGAGCCACCAGGGGCCAUCCAGGAUAGGACCGUUCCUGCUUCUACCUCUAACGGACCGGGAGAGCGUGCACAGCGCGAUGAACACCGACACCGGCGACGAGCAGCUGUGCAAGGUCUUUGAUAUGGGGGUGUACCAGGAGAAGAUCAGAGCCUAUGGGAUCCUGCCAGCCCACGAGAACGUGGCCGGAGUCCGGGACAUCAUCAUCGGCGAACGCAGAGCCUACGUGUUCCUGGACAAGGACUUUGGGGACAUGCACACCCUGGUGAAAAGCUGUCGCCGGCUGGACGAGGAGCGCGCGCGCAGGCUCUUCCGCCAGGCGGCCGUGGCAGUGGCGCACUGCCACCAGGCCGGCAUCGUGCUGGGCGACCUCAAGUUGCGAAAGUUUGUCUUCGCAGAUGAGAAGAGGACCCGAGUGAGACUAGAAAGCCUUGAGGACUGCCGCGUCCUAGAAGACCCGAGCGACGACUCCAUGUCGGACACCCACGGCUGCCCCGCCUACGUCAGCCCCGAGAUCCUCAGCGGCUCGGCGCCUUACUCCGGCAAGAUGGCCGACAUGUGGAGCCUCGGGGUCAUGCUGUACACCAUGCUGGUGGGCCGCUACCCGUUCCACGACCCGGACCCGGCCACGCUGUUCUCCAAAAUCCGCCGGGGACAGUGCUGUCUGCCCGAGGGCUUGUCGCCCAGGGCCAAGUGUCUGCUCCAGAGCCUGCUGAGGAAAGAGCCCUGGGAGAGACUCACGGCCGGCGAGCUGCUCGCUCACCCGUGGUUCCACCAGCCGCCGUCGUCGCAGGAAGCGGCACCGGGGGAACAGGAAGUGAGCUCGGCGGAACAGAUGGUGCCAUCCUUUCAGGUGGAAGAGGACGACGAUUUGUUCUCCUGACGGACUCGAUUCCGCCGAGACUGGCUGAGGGACCAAAACGGGAAUCGCGACCAGGGACCCAUUGUUGGGUUUUUGAACAAUGGCACGUUUUAGAAACCCAUUUGUGUAGAACUGAGUGGACAUACACCCUCAAGAACUCACUGUACUGUAUUUCGUUGUCGUAUGUGUGUUACUUGCUGAGGGCAUUGUUAAACGAUCAUUCUUUGCGUUUCUUUAUGUAUAUUUGCCGAUCAAUUUGGUGCUAAAAGAAAUAACAAGUCACUUGAAUUUGCCGGAUUACGUUGGCAGGCUACUGUGAGAGUAUCACAGAGAAUAAACCCGCGGCAAACCAUAGUCACCGAUGCUUGCUGUCAGCCUGGCCUCGCAGGGCUCCAGAAGGCAUCGGAUGAAUCUUGAAUGGGAGGCGAGGAGACGUGUGUCUGACCAGGCCGGAGGCUCCGCCGGGCUGACUCACCGGCCGGCUCCAGGAAGGCCCAGCACAAGCUUGACGUCUCGCAGCAGGCGGUGUCACGGAGUGAGAAAGACGCUUAGCAGAGGACUGAUGUGUCACACUCAGCAGGGGGGGAGCGGGCGCUAGGAAAGGUGUCUCACUGCCAGUCUGGCAACGUCCCAGCAAGUCGAGAGUUUUACAAAUCUCACAGCAUUCGCAGAAGGUGGAGAAGGGCAGGAUGUUACUAGUGUAAAACUCACUAAAGGUCCUACACACUUGGUAAAAUAAGAAGUGGCACUGGGCUAACACAAGUCCUUGUAAAUGGCUAAUAGAGGAAGGAAGACAUUUGAAACAGGCUAAAGCAUUUAACGCUACAAAAAAAGGCUCAUAUCUGAAUACAUCAUCUAAAAAAGGUUGCGUUGGAACAGGAAGUGUCUGGUAAAUGGGACGUUGAUCAAUCUGCUCCACUGAAAGCUGCAUGCGCAGUUAGCCACAGCUAACGCUUCUUAAAAUAAGGUACGACCCUGAGCCCCAUUUGCCUUUGGACCAACAGAGAUGGUUUGAUAAAUAUUCAGUGGGUAGAAUUCAAACAAACAGACAAUUAAAAUGCUUGAAUACACUUGAAUUACAACGCAACGAGUUAUCUCAAUCCAACAAUGUGUUGUGGUUUUUUUGGGGUCAAAAAUCCAGUUCAGUCCAAGCCAGAAAAGAAACCCACUACGGAAAAAUGACGACUUCUCUCAGUUGCGCAGUUGUUGUUGGAAUGCUGUGUUGCUUUGACAAAGCUGUGCCCGUAUCACUGUGUUUCAUAAACUGAAUGGCUCUGAAUCACUGGCAGUCAGGCGAUAUUUGAUGCUUGUUUAAUGAUGACUCAACACUAGAGCGAGUCUGUAGAAAACGGUCCUGACCUUGGACGGAAGAAUCUGUCCGGACUGUUUCACCUCUUUUUAUGGUAUUUUAUUCCCCUUCCUCUUUAUUAUGUUUUUUUUUUU